AUGGAAGAAGUGAAGCUACUGGGAUUCUGGCCAAGCUCCUUCGUUUACAGAGUGAUCUGGGCUCUCAAACUGAAGGGUGUGAAAUUCGAUUAUAUAGAAGAAGAUCUUUCCAACAAGAGUGAACUGCUACUGCAGUACAACCCAGUCCGCAAGAAUGUCCCAGUGCUUGUCCAUGGCGGCAAAUCAAUUGCUGAGUCCCUUGUCAUCCUCGAAUACAUUGAAGAAACUUGGCCACAAAAUCCCUUGCUUCCAAAAGAUCCUCAUGAAAAAGCCUUGGCUCGUUUUUGGAUGCAAUUUGGAGUAGAUAAGAUAAGGCCCGCUAUCUUUGCAUAUGUCAGAGCUAUCGGAGAAGAAGCCGAAAAGGCAAAAGAGUUCCAUGAAGUCCUGAAAAUCAUGGAAGAACAAGGCCUUGGAGACCAGAAAUUUUUUGGUGGUGACAAUACUAUAGGUUUGGUGGACAUUGCAUUUGGAAUGCUAGCCUACUGGCUUGAGUGCAUUGAAGAAGUCGUAGGAGUGAAGGUUUUAGAGGCCAGCAGUUUGCCUCGCUUGCACGCAUGGGCUCAGAAUUUCAAGCAAGUGCCUGUGGUGAAAGACAACCUUCCCGAUCGUGGAAAACUGCUUGCCCAUUACAAACAUUCAAGAGAGAAAUUGCUAUUGGCUGCAAGUUCUAUCUAGUCAGUAGUAUGUCAUAAUACUUGGCUACCUUUCAGUCUGGGUUAUUUUUACUAGUACUGCUACUACUAUUAUUACAAAAAAAAAUGGAAUAAAUCGUUUAUGUACGUCUACUAGUAC